UUUACAUGUAGAUAAAGCGCCUGAAUGAGUUAAGCCGUUGCAAUGAGAUUACGACCGUUUCUUCCGAAUAUUUUUGUCAAGCGUUGUGCGAAUAUCACUUCUCCUUGUCGUACAUGUACAGCUUUUAAACCGAGUUGUUUUUCAGACCAUGGUUCUUAUUUCGCCCCUAGGAUAUCUUUACGACAACUGCACUUCAGUCCCUGUAUUUUUGCUAUACGUGUAGUUAAUGUACCUCCAUUCGCCGAAUCUGUCACAGAAGGGGAUAUUGUAUGGAAAAAGGCCGUCGGUGAUACAGUAAAUGUAGACGAUUUGGUUGCGGAAAUCGAGACUGACAAAACUAAUGUUCCUGUCCCAGCCCCAUGUUCAGGUGUGAUAACACAAUUUCUUGUUGAAGAUGGGGGAAAAGUUACUGCAGGUCAAGAUAUUUUUAAAAUAGAGGAGGGUGAUGUUCCAACUUCCACGGUUUCUGAAAAGCUACCCCAAGAGACUGCGAAAAAACAGCCUGAAGAGAAGCCUCUCGUCUCACCUCGAGCUCCUUCAUCAGUUACUCCACCUCCAGAAAUAGCUCAAAGUCUUGCAACAGCUUCAUCCUUAUCCCCAUCUCUUGAUAGUGCACGUGCAGAACAGCGUGUAAAGAUGAGCCGUAUGAGGCUUCGGAUCGCCCAACGUCUAAAAGAUGCCCAGAAUACGUGUGCGAUGUUAAGCACAUUUAAUGAGAUUGAUAUGUCAAAUCUUUUCGAACUUAGAAGUCAGUAUAAAGAUAUCUUUUUAAAAAAUCAUGGUGUGAAGUUAGGAAUGAUGUCUACGUUUGCUAAAGCUUCUGCAGUUGCUCUUAUGGAUCAACCAGCCGUCAAUGCUGUCAUUGAUGGCCCGGACAUUAUAUACAGAGAUUAUGUUGAUAUUAGUAUUGCAGUGGCAACCCCUAAGGGUCUUGUUGUUCCUGUAUUGCGCAAUGUUGAGAAAAUGAAUUAUGCUGAUAUUGAACGUGGUAUCAAUGAUUUAGGUGUGAAGGCCCGUGACGGAAAACUGGCUGUUGAAGAUAUGGAUGGAGGGACUUUUACAAUUAGCAACGGUGGUGUGUUUGGCUCAUUGUUUGGUACCCCUAUAAUCAAUCCACCCCAAUCUGCAAUCUUAGGUUUGUAUGGCGUAUUUGAUCGACCGGUUGCACGAAAUGGACAAGUUGUCAUCCGUCCAAUGAUGUAUGUUGCCCUAACUUAUGAUCAUCGUUUGAUCGACGGUCGUGAAGCAGUAACGUUUUUACGUAAAAUCAAGGAAUUUGUUGAGGAUCCACGAACAUACUUCCUUCAGAUUUAAACAAUAUGCUUUUUAUGAAAAAUAUUUCAAGUACAUUGUUAAUUUUCAAGUUUUAAAAUUUAUUCAAGUUUUCUUUUCAUUUAGCGUUCUAAAAUGCAACUAGUAACAAUUACAAACCUUUUAGUUUUUGUAUACAUAUAUAUACAAGUAUUCGUAUAGUACUUUCAUACUUUCAUAUUUCAGUCGUUCAUGAACAGAGUAUGUAUUAUUUGUUCUUAGUUUAUGGAAGAAUAAUCUGUUUCUUAGAGUUUCUGCAAGGUAUUUGUAUAUUUUAUUCUCAAUAAUUAUUUCUGACCCAUUUUUAUGCGCCAGACUCUGUAAUUCUUAAUCGUAUACUUAGAUAUUUAAGUAUAUAUUAUUAGUUCAUCCUUAAUUAAUUUGUUCUUGUAAUGAUUUUCUAGAGUUAUUAAAAUGCAGUAAUCUGUUGACAGUAGCUCUAUGAGUUUUAUUUUUUUCAUAUUUUUAUUUGAUAUUCAACUACAGUGGGGAUAAUUAGAUAAUUGUACUGCUUAGUCAACUAAAUUUUGUCUUAUCCUCUGUUGCAGCACAAAGACUAUGGUUGUCGUAUCUCCAACUUGUAAACAUAUUAAUCAAACCUGGAAAUUAUCAGAUCGCCUGUUUUGAUUUGUAUAUAAAUUACAAGUGUAUCGUCUAUUUUGAGGCAGUCAACAAGAACUGAGCCAAAAUAUGCUCGUUAAUUAUUGCAUUUACAUCAUCCAGGUGACUAGUUGUGCCUAUGAAAUGCUAAUCUUUACUUUCUUAAACUUAAAAUCUCUCUUCGUCUUAGAUCUUUCUGGCUUCUGAAAGAUUUUUUGAACUAUUUGCUGUUGUAAUGCUAUCAUAAUUACUUCGUCAACUCAUUCGGCAUUAGUAAUUAUUUUUCUUACAGGUUCUGUAUAAUAACUCAUAUAGUGACAUUAAAAUUGAAUAUAAGGGGAAGAUGCAAUUUGUAACGGCAUUGGGAACGAAGACUAACUUUCAAGCAUUUAAAUUAUAUUCAUAAAAGACGUAUUCCUUAAUGCAUGUCUUUUUAAUAGUACUCAUUUGGUUGAUAUCUGAGAUUAGUUACUCAGUGUCAGUCAAUAAAUCGAGCAUUCUGAAAAGUG